AGGCGAUGCGCCGGAAGUGCCUGGCGGUGGGCGGUGGGCUCCGGUCCGCGUUGAGUUCCUGCUAUGGAGGCCGCUAUGACGGAGUGAGGCCCGGUGAGGAGCCCCCAGCACAGGAGCAUUCCUGGACGUACAGACAGUCACCUCCUCCAUCCCUCUGAGAGCUCAGGCUGUGAAUGUGUUGUGUAAGAAGAAGGACUGGCGGUUCCCCUUGAUAGUGUGAAGCCAUGGCUAUUCUCUUUGCUGUUGUGGCGAGGGGCACAACCAUCCUUGCCAAACAUGCCUGGUGUGGAGGAAACUUCCUGGAGGUGACGGAGCAGAUCCUGGCAAAGAUACCUUCUGAAAAUAACAAACUGACCUAUUCACAUGGAAAUUAUCUAUUUCAUUACAUCUGCCAAGACAGGAUUAUAUACCUCUGCAUCACAGAUGACGACUUUGAACGUUCCAGAGCCUUCAACUUCCUGAAUGAAAUCAAGAAGAGGUUUCAGACCACGUAUGGCUCAAGAGCACAGACAGCCCUUCCCUAUGCAAUGAACAGCGAGUUCUCGAGUGUCUUAGCUGCACAGCUGAAAUACCACUCGGAGAGCAAGGGCACUGACCAGGUAGCAGAGACACAAGCCCAAGUCGAUGAACUUAAAGGAAUCAUGGUUCGAAACAUAGACCUCGUGGCACAGAGAGGAGAGAAGCUGGAGCUGCUGAUCGAUAAAACAGAGAAUCUCGUGGAUUCCUCAGUUACUUUCAAAACUACCAGCAGGAACCUUGCUAGAGCCAUGUGUAUGAAGAACCUCAAGCUUACCAUCAUUAUCAUCAUUGUAUCAAUUGUUAUCAUCUAUAUCAUCGUUUCUGCUGCCUGCGGUGGGCUUGCAUGGCCAAGCUGUGUGCAGAAGUAACCAGAGACAGCUGGUGCUGGUCAGUUGGAGAUGAGAAUCACAGCAGUGUGAAGAAGCAACCUACAGAAUAACUCUUAAUCUUUCACUACUGACACCUUCUCAUUCUUCAUCCCUCCAGGACUUCAGACUUUUUGCCUUAUCACCCCAAACAGGCCCAGCCGGUCGCUGCUUCCGUGCAGCUGUAACCUCAAGAAUGGGCUGUUUUAAAUUACUUGAAGGGAUUUUUUUGUUUUCUGUCCCACCUACAACCUUCUCAGCAAGCUGGUACCGCCAGCUCUGGAGGGUACGCGCAUGCUUGUCCAUGUGUCCAUGCAGCUUUGCACUUUUAUGUGAGUGUGCAAGUGGAGAACAGCUCUGCUAGCAACUGUCCUACCCAUGAGGAUGACACUGGAGGAUAGUUUGGGGUGGGCUGAGCCAAACUAAUGGAAGAGACACAAGAUGGGUGUGAGUAUUUCCAUUCUCCACAGACCAUGGAGAUCAGGUGCCCCUCCCUGCACAUCUGGCCUCUUGUAGUGGCUCAACAUGUAGGGGUUGCAAGUGCAAUAUUGGUGGUAAUAAAAAGAACGGCUUUGGGGCUGGGGCUUUAUGCACUGUAAGAUGUAGGCGUUGCUUCUGUAUGAAAUCUCCCUUUUCAUGGUGGUCUUUCAGCAGUUGGUAGGAGGGUGAUAGGUCACCUCAGCAUUUCCAAACGGCCUCCUCUUGACCAUCAUUUCUUUCUCCUUCCUCCCCUUUAAUCUGUGGCUAAAACAAUACAGUAAAGGAGAUGGUUCUGUAUAGUUAAGGUUGCAGUAAUGCUUAUCCUUUGUCAUGUUAUUUCUCCUGUUCUUCUGAGGGUGGACUAAAACGAGUACUAACAUUACCACUUGAUAAAGUGAAAAUGGGAGCCGAUCGAGGCUGAUGUUAUUAAUCAGACUUGAGAAGGUGUCAUAUAUUGGCUGCUUGUGCUUUUACUCUGAAGGUUUGUGCUAAAAUGAGGACAGAAGGUUGAAGUUAAAUAGGUUGUUACUUUCUCUAUAGUCUGAAGCAGAAAAUGCUGGGGGGAAAAAGAAACAACACAAAAAACAACACAAAAACUCCAAGGCUUAUUAUCAACUCUGGUAUAUAGGUAUAUAUAGGGCCUACUGUGCCUGGUGCUAGAAGCUGCAAUUACCAUGUUUCUGUCCCAUCAGGCCACCCUCAGGAAGGGGCUGCACAGCAAGAGUGUAGGGCAGCACAGUGGCUGGAAGUGCCAGCAGACUGGGAACAGCUGAAAUCUGGUACAAGUGUCAGAUGGUCUGAUAAGGAAUCUGCACCCCACCACUUGGGGAAGCGACUUCUGAUGGUGAGUGAAAGCUGUGCAGGUACAGGAAACAGGUUCAAUUUGGUGAUUAAACUCCAGCACUUGGUGCCAUGGGUUCCCUGAGUCGUGCAACACAGGCUUACUGGGCAGGGUGGUGACAUUCAGCGGCUGCUCCUUCAUAUGACUUUUCUGGUGUGUUACACUGUCCAGCAGCUGUCAGAUAAAGUUUUCCCAUAAGCUUGCAUGGUUAUUUGGAUGUGACUUGGAGGCUUAAAACCAAUGGUAAUUAAACCUUGAUAUCCAGAAAGGGCCAACUGAUCAGCACUGCAGUCUGCUUGUACCCUGUGUUAAUCCACUGUAAGGCAGAGAAAGACUCUGUCCUACCUGGAAGUGGAUGUGAAGGAGAGCCCUUCUCCUCCUCCUGAUCUUUACAACCACCUACAGCUCAGUGUACAAUUGUGCAUGUUUUAGGGACUGUUGAUGUUACCGUGUUAAUUUCUAUGAUUUGUUGUCUUAUGUACAAACACUUUUUAACGAAGACUUCCUCUCCUUUUAAAGGAUGCACUGAGGCGUUAGUGUACAAACAAGGUUAACCUGGUUUAAAUAAAGUUACUGUACAGAAAGGA